AUGACGGUACCAGUCAAAUUGUAUGCGAGCGCUCUGGCUCCUGAACUCGCCGGGGGUAUCUCUGAGACGGACCACAUCACUAAAUCUAACCCUUUCACUAAAUCUAACCCCAUCACUAAAUCUAACCCCAUCACUAAAUCUAACCCUUUCACUAAAUCUAACCCCAUCACUAAAUCUAACCCCAUCACUAAAUCUCAACCCAUCACUAAAUCUAACCCCAUCACUAAAUCUCAACCCAUCACUAAAUCUAACCCCAUCACUAAAUCUCAAUCCAUCACUAAAUCUAACCCCAUCACUAAAUCUAACCCCAUCACUAAAUCUCAACCCAUCACUAAAUUUAACCCCAUCAAUAAAUCUCAACCCAUCACUAAAUCUAACCUCAUCACUAAAUCUAACCCCAUCACUAAAUCUCAACCCAUCACUAAAUCUAACCCCAUCACUAAAUCUAACCCCAUCACUAAAUCUCAACCCAUCACUAAAUCUAACCCCAUCACUAAAUCUCAACCCAUCACUAAAUUUAACCCCAUCAAUAAAUCUCAACCCAUCACUAAAUCUAACCCCAUCACUAAAUCUAACCCCAUCACUAAAUCUCAACCCAUCACUAAAUCUAACCCCAUCACUAAAUCUCAACCCAUCACUAAAUCUAACCUCAUCACUAAAUCUCAACCCAUCACUAAAUCUAACCCCAUCACUAAAUCUCAACCCAUCACUAAAUCUAGCCACAUCACUAAAUCUAACCCUUUCACUAAAUCUAACCCCAUCACUAAAUCUAACCCCAUCACUAAAUCUAACCCUUUCACUAAAUCUAACCCCAUCACUAAAUCUAACCCCAUCACUAAAUCUCAACCCAUCACUAAAUCUAACCCCAUCACUAAAUCUCAACCCAUCACUAAAUCUAACCCCAUCACUAAAUCUCAAUCCAUCACUAAAUCUAACCCCAUCACUAAAUCUAACCCCAUCACUAAAUCUCAACCCAUCACUAAAUUUAACCCCAUCAAUAAAUCUCAACCCAUCACUAAAUCUAACCUCAUCACUAAAUCUAACCCCAUCACUAAAUCUCAACCCAUCACUAAAUCUAACCCCAUCACUAAAUCUAACCCCAUCACUAAAUCUCAACCCAUCACUAAAUCUAACCCCAUCACUAAAUCUCAACCCAUCACUAAAUUUAACCCCAUCAAUAAAUCUCAACCCAUCACUAAAUCUAACCCCAUCACUAAAUCUAACCCCAUCACUAAAUCUCAACCCAUCACUAAAUCUAACCCCAUCACUAAAUCUCAACCCAUCACUAAAUCUAACCUCAUCACUAAAUCUCAACCCAUCACUAAAUCUAACCCUUUUUAA